CAGUCAGUUUAUGGAUCAUCUAUUCAUAUAACAAAUGAAGUGAUAUGAGAAAAGUUAGAUCGUAAAUCAAAAAAUCAGACGACAUAAUUCAUAAAUGUUUUUACGAGUUUAUUGAAAAAGUGCUAAGUCCGGUGCCAUAAAUAGCAAUCAAACGGGGCAGUAAAUUACACAUUGACGUUAUCGGAAAAAACUGGAGAUCCUCGAAGUCCGACCAGAAGUGGAUUAUCCCGUCCGAAUGAUGGUUUCAACUUAUUACCUUUUGACGAUUUUUAGAAUAAAAGAAAAAUCAAACUUACUAGGAAUAUCGCUCCUCAUUUCAACCAUACUAAUCUACUUGACUGUGUAUCGCCUAACAACCAUACCAAAAACCAUGGAAUGCAUAAGCUUGUACCAGAGACCACACGAGAAUCAUCGCAUUAAAAUCAAACCGUUCAAACACAGUUUCCCAUUUGAAGAACUCGAAUCUAAUGACUUUACUAAACUGGUUAAUCUCACAAACUUCUCGUUUACUAACGUUAAUGAAUCAGUUUGCAAGGAAGCAGAUGUUCUGCUGUUGGUUCUAGUGCCUUCGGCACCUAAAAAUGGAAAGAAACGUGAAGCCAUCAGGAAAACUUGGGGUUACGCAGCCAAAGAUACCAAAGUAUUAUUUAUGUUAGGAAUAUCUAGUGAUGAAGGCGUUGAGAGAGCUGUGCAAGAAGAAAGUAGCAUUCACAAAGAUAUUGUGCAAGGAAACUUCAUAGAUGCUUAUACAAACAUGACUUAUAAAGCAGUAAUGAGUCUUAAGUACGCCAUUUACUACUGUCCAGAGGCCUCUUACAUACUAAAAGCUGAUGACGACUCAUUUGUAAAUAUGCCAUUUUUAAGAAACUUCUUAAGGCAUGAUGUUUCACCUUAUGGAGCAGAAAAUUUGUUUUUAUGCAAUGACAUGAGUGGCUCUCCAGCCCUAAGGGAUCCAACCUCCAAGUGGUAUGUUCCAGAACAAGAUUUUCCAGAUAAAUUCUUCCCCAGCUACUGCUCUGGAUGGUAUGCCGUAUUCACUCCAGAUAUCUGCUUCAAAUUAUACAGAGAAGCACAAAAAUUAAAGUAUUUAUAUAUCGAUGAUGCGUUUGUUUAUGGGAUUGCCGGCAAAAAAGGCGGAGUGAAACAUGUUGAUUUUGCUUACUACACUUUGGCUUAUCGCGAUCUCAGAUUACUUUGGAAUGGCACUUAUGAUGACUUACCCAUUAUGUUUGGAUCUCCUAACAUGGGUCCUGAUUUAAUUUAUAAGGCGUAUGAUUAUUUCAGGGAUAAGCCGGUGAAGCAGUCGAUAAAUAAGCAACUUGGUAACGUUGACUAAACAAUUUCUUUAGGUGGUUAAUUAGGAAUUUAUUUAUUAUGUAAAGAAGUUAUUGUUUUUUGUUUGUUUAUUUAUUUAUAAGUGUAAAGGUUUUGUACAUAUUUUAAUUAAAACAAAAAGUGUUCAAAAAAUGAUGUAUUCAUAUUACGGUUAGAUAAUAGUAUAGUGAUAGCCCCUGCUAAAACUGGGAAAAAAUUCAUAAUAAAAUAGAGGUAAUUUUUACGGCUCAUACAAAUAAAGGUAUUUAUUUUAUUCUUA